UAUUAUUUUUCAUAUAUUUCGUCGUCUUUCGCACUGUUUCGUGGAGAACUAAAGUAUCAGCUCGUUUACAACUUUAAAAACUUUACAUUUAUACCCUUUAAAGUGUUAGCAAACUCUGUCGCAAUGAGCGUAAAGAACGUCGCCCAGCUGGUGUUCCUGCAAAGCAGCCGCCACUUUUCGCGGACCUCAGUCCGUGCGGCCGAAACCGGCGAGGUAGCCGAAGGCUACAAAAGGCUAAAGGCCAUCCAGGCUAAAUUCCAGAAACCGGACGGCAAGCCGGUUUUCCUAAAGGGCGGCCCAAUGGACAGCGCGCUAUACUAUACGACAGUGGUGCUGUGUUUCGCCGGAAUCGCUGGCAUGGGAAAGCUGUUCUACGAGCUGAGCUACCCGGCCAAGCAGGAGGACUAAAACUGUUGUACCACCACACCAUCAGUUUCCUUCAAUUUUCCCCGUGCUUAGUAGUCAAAACGGUCAAAAUUUGCAUUUAUUCUGCUUUGGUAAAUGAUUGGGCAUUCGUGAAAGUAGAGAGCGACCCUCCUUUUAGUCGGAAAUAAUACGGGAUUUGUUCGCAACCAUCCUACGGACAGUGUUUGCCUUCAGUGAUGCGGGCUGGCUGGCUGGCCCCGGGUGGUUGCAUAUUCCAUUGAAUGAUGUAUUUAUUUGAAACUGUAUUAAGCAUUUAAAGGUAGCAAAUAAAUGUUUGUUUUGAACGAAGUGGCUGAAAAUAA